AAGAGAAGGCUGAACCGCGAGAGAGGAAGUGAUAGCGACCCAGAGACAGAGAGAGAGACGGGGCAGGUGGGAGAGACAGACAGGGAGAGAGAGAGAGAGACACACGGACAGGAAGCAGGUGGGAGAGAGAGGGGCAGGAGACAGCCGGUGAGUGCAGGCAGCGCCGCUUGGUGCGGACGGGCGGCUCCGGACAGCUGGGGGUUACUUCCUGCUAUGCGCUGAUAGCCGAGGGGCCGCACAGGUGAGCAGCUCCCAUUCCUACCAGCAGGAGGCGCCGCCAGGAUGAGUGAGACAGCGGUGGUCGCCGCCAGGGCCACCGUCAUGGUGUAUGAUGAUUCCGGUAAGAAGUGGAUCAAUGCUGGGGCUGGCCCCACCGGACACAGCCGAGUCCAGCUGUACUACAGCCCGGGGCCCCAGACCUACCGCGUGGUGGGGCGGAAGAUCUCCGAUCAACAGGUUGUUAUUAAUUGCCCCCUGGUCCGUGGAUUGAAGUACAAUCAGGCCACGCCUAAUUUCCACCAGUGGCGGGAUGCGCGGCAGGUGUGGGGGCUGAACUUUGGCAGUAAGGAGGAGGCCGGACAGUUCGCUGCUGGGAUAUUGCAGGCGCUCGAGUGUCUGGACACAGGUGCUGCCUGGCCCAGUCAGAAUGGACCCAAAGUGGAAGAGCAGGAGCCACCCAGGAAACUGCAGCCAGAACUGGAGGCCAGAAUCCAGAGUCCAGUUGCGCCAGUGACCCCAGCAUCAGCUGGACCUCCUGCACCGCCGGGACCUCCUGCACCACCAGGACCUCCUCCACCACCAGGACCACCACCUCCUUCUGGGGCUCCACCAGCUCCUCCUGGGGGUGGACCUCCCCCUGCUCCCCCUCUGCCUUCAGGAGGUGGAGCUGUGACCAAUGGAGGAGGCCUGGCCGCCGCAUUAGCUGCCGCCAAGCUGAAGAAAGCGUCAAAGGAUGAGUCGGGGGGCUCCUCUCCCAGUAGUGGGGUGCCGUCCAAACCAGACAUUAGCCGCACCAGUGGAGGAGCAUCGACAGGCGGCGGAGGUGGAGGACUCAUGCAGGAGAUGAAUCAGAUGCUGGCCCGCAGGAAGAAGAUGACUGAUCGCCCAACCCCCACUGCCACACAGGACGAUAAUGACAUCAGCAGUGGGCGGAGCCAGGCUGACUCGGCUCGUCGUCCUUGGGACAGGGGAAGCACCACGUUGCCGAGGAUGAAGUCCACAGUCAGCAGCCCCGAUGUGGCCCCAAGCGCCGAGGAGUCCGAUUCAAUGGAGAGGAUUAAGCAGGAGUUAUUGGAAGAAAUGAGGAAGGAGCUGCAGAAGGUGAAGGAGGAGAUCAUAGAAGCCUUCAUGCAGGAACUGCGCAGGACCAGCACCUCGUGAUUCUGGCGACCACCUACUGUGAAGUCUCAGGCUCCACCCACUGCGCUGCAAUCAUUCCCAUGCUGGGGGCGACAGGCCCGUCAAUCGAGGUCUAUGGGCGACCUGUACCCUUCACAGCCCUGUAUUGCUGCUGGGCCCGCUGGCUCCUACUGUACUAACACAUGCUCUGUGCCUCUCCUAAGGCUGUUCCUCCUCUGCCCCACCUCCUCCCAAGCUGCUCCUCCUCCUCUCCCCCGAGCUGCUGUUGCUCUCCUCUGCCCCCACCUCCCCCCAAGCUGCUGCUCCUCCAUCCCCUCUUCCUGAGCUGCUUCUGCUCCUCCUCCAUCCCCUCUCCCCAUGCUGCUGUUGCUUCUCCUCAAGAUGCUUCUGCUCCUCCUCCAUCCCCUCUACCCUGGCUGCUGUUUCUCCUCCUCCAUCCCCUCUACACUGGCUGCUGUUGCUCCUCCUCCAUCCCCUCUUCCCUUGCUGCUGUUGCUUCUGCUCCUCCUCCAUCCAAUCUCCCCAUGCUGCUGUUGCUUCUCCUCCAUCCCAUCUCCCCCUCCUGCUGUUACUUCUCAUCAAGAUGCCUCUGCUCCUCCUCCAUCCCCUCUUCCCUUGCUGCUGUUGCUUCUCCUCCAUCGCAUCUCCCCAUGCUGCUGUUGCUUCUCCUGGAGAUGCUUCUCCUCCAUCCCCUCUACCCUGGCUGCUGUUGCUUCUCCUCCAUCCCCUCUACCCUGGCUGCUGUUGCUUCUUCUCCAUCCCAUCUCCCCAUGCUGCUGUUGCUUCUCCUGGAGAUGCUUCUGCUCCUCCUCCAUCCCCUCUUCCCUUGCUUCUGCUGCUCCUCCUCCACCCCCUCUUCCUGAGCUGUCUCUGCUCCUCCUCCACCCCCUCUCCCCAGGAUGCUCCUCUUUAACAUUCCCACCACCCUCCAGUAAGGCUCCUGUCCCCUGCACUCAGCUGAGUGUCUCUGAAUGGGUCUGCAGAAGCUGCAAGCUUUAACCAAUAGGAUUCUGAUGAGAUAAUUGACGGGUUUUUUUUAUUGAUAUUUUUAAAUCAUUUCAAUUUUUGUACAAAUUUUGUAGCAGAAUUGGUUGCUCUGUUUUGGGUGGCGGGUCCUUCUCACAGGAUUGUAGGUGGCGGGUCCCUUUGCUGAGAUGGCAGGUUGGGGGUAGUAGUGUCACACUGGAGGUAGUGGGGGUUGGUUUUGGACUACUUUGCGCUGAUAUCUAUAUAUAUUGGACUGUUUUUUUUGUAAGCGGUUUUCUAGAAAUAAAACGUUUUGCCUGUU